UCUCAUUCUCUUGGUCGUUUCGCCAUCGGCGAGAAGCGGGCGGCGGAGGCCAGCGCGACGAUGGCGGUAGGGGAUGGCGACGCCAAGCCGCUGGACCUGUUCCUGUCCAUCGGUUUGGACAGGCGGACGGCGGAGGGUGCCCUCGUUAACCAGAGGGUCACCUCCAACCUCACCGCCGUCAUCAAGGAGGCAGGUGUUGAUGGAUGCAGCAAGACGAUAGGAAACCUUCUUUACAUGGUUGCGACCAAGUUCCCUGCAAAUGCACUCAUUCACCGGCCCACUUUAGUCCAGUACAUUGUCUCAUCGAAGAUAAAGAAUCCUGCCCAACUUGAUGUAGCUUUGUUAUUUGUUGGGGCAUUUGGCCCUGAAAGCUUCAGUUUGGAUGAAUUUGAACAAGCUUGUGGUGUAGGAGUUGAUGUUUCUGUUGAAGAAAUUCAUUCAACAGUUGCUGCAGUUCUGGAAGAAAAUAUGGAUGCUAUAUUGGAACAUCGCUAUCAUAUUAAUGUUGGCAAUCUAUGUGGGCAAGUCAGAAAACAACAACCGUGGGCUAAUGCCAAAAUUGUUAAGGAGGUGAUUGAUGAGAAGCUUCAUCGGAUACUUGGGGAAAGAACAGCAGAAGAUGAUAAAAAGCCUUUGAAAAAGCAGCAACAAAAAAUUGUUAAAAUUGAGGAACAAACAGAUGGAGCAAUCACACCUGUCCUAACAUUGGAAGAGGAAGUUAAUCCUUUCUUGAUAUUUCCAGAACCAGCAGAGAACUAUAAGGUUCAUACAGAGAUUUUCUUUAGUAAUGGAGAUAUCUGGAGGGCUCACAAUACAAAGGAGAAACUAGAGAGACAUCUUAAGGUUACUGGCGGGAGGGUUUUCACUCGCUUCCCUCCUGAACCUAAUGGAUAUUUACACAUUGGUCAUGCUAAGUUAUAUCUUCAGGCACUGUUUAUCAAUUUUGGUUUGGCAGAAGAGAGGGGUGGAUCAUGUUACUUAAGAUUUGAUGAUACCAACCCUGAUGUCGAAAAAAGAGAAUACAUUGAUCAUAUCCAAGAAAACAUCCAAUGGAUGGGUUGGCAGCCUUUCAAGGUUACCUAUACCAGUGACUAUUUCCAAGAACUCUAUGAUCUAGCAGUCAAGCUGAUACACAAAGGUCUAGCUUAUGUUGAUCAUCAGAGCCCUGAAGAAGUCAAGGAGUAUAGAGAAAAGAAAAUGAACAGCCCAUGGAGGGAUAGACCUAUAGCAGAAUCAUUGAAGUUGUUUGAAGACAUGAGGCAGGGCUUCAUUGAUGAGGGCAAGGCAACAUUAAGGCUAAAGCAAGAUAUGCAGAGUCAUAACAAAAAUAUGUAUGAUUUGAUAGCAUAUCGUAUUAAGUUUACUGCUCAUCCUCGAGUUGGUGAGAAGUGGUGUAUAUAUCCUAGUUAUGACUAUGCUCACUGCAUUGUGGAUUCUCUCGAAAACAUUACGCAUUCACUAUGUUCUCUUGAGUUUGAGAUCCGCCGUCCUUCGUACUACUGGUUAUUACUAGCUCUUGAACUUUACCAGCCAUAUGUCUGGGAAUAUUCACGUCUAAAUGUUUCAAAUACGAUGAUGUCUAAGCGUAAGUUGAACCGUCUAGUGAAGGAGAAGUGGGUAGAUGGCUGGGAUGAUCCUCGUUUAAUGACACUAGCUGGAUUACGUCGCCGAGGAGUGUCUUCUACAGCAAUUAAUUCUUUCAUACGAGGACUUGGAAUUACAAGAAGUGGUAAUAGUAUGAUACGUGUUGAUCACCUUGAACAUCACAUUAGAGAAGAACUCAACAAAACUGCACCUCGAACUAUGGUUGUUUUGCGUCCUCUCAAGGUGGUUAUCACAAAUCUUGAUUCUGGAUUGAUAAUGAAUCUUGAUGUGAAGAUGUGGACUGAUGUUUCGUCAGAUGAUGUUUCUUCUAAUUACAAGGUUCCAUUUACAAGUGUUGUUUAUAUUGAACAGUCAGAUUUUCGCCUUAAUAAUUCAAAAGACUACUACGGGCUUGCGCCUGGUAAAUCUGUUCUCCUCAGAUAUGCUUUCCCUAUAAAGUGCACAGAAGUUAUCCAUGGAGAUAGUGACACUAUCUUUGAGAUCCAUGCUGAGUAUGAUCCCUCAAAGAAAAUAAAGCCAAAGGGUGUUCUCCAUUGGGUUGCUCAACCUUCUCCUGGUGUUGAUCCUCUGAAGGUGGAGGUGAGGUUAUUUGAAAAAUUAUUCCUUUCAGAGGACCCGGCCGAGUUGGAGGACUGGUUAUCUGAUCUGAAUCUGCACUCGAAGGAGGUUAUUCCAGAAGCAUAUGCAGUUCCAUCUCUUGCUAAUGCUGUGUUAGGAGACAGGUUUCAGUUUGAGAGGCUCGGCUACUUUGCUGUGGAUCCAGAUUCUACCCCAAGUAAGCUGGUCUUCAACAGAACCACUACACUUCGGGAUUCAUAUUCCAAAGGUGCGUGCAAGUAAAUCACACCUCCAUAGAUAUAUAUACCCACUGUUUAUGGAUUUACCUAUAAAC